UGACUUGCGCAAUUAUUUACCUUCCCUUGAAGCAGUGUCGGUUUGAAAAUCACUGCUGUGCUCCUUAUCGCUCUUAGUAUUUAUGAUAAUGUUUACUUGAGACAACUCCCUACAUCUGUAGUUUUAAAUAGGAGAAGUUAGAAUAUAGUCACGGACAUCGUGGUAGUAAGUUACAAGUCUGAGUCAAUACUAACAUUUUGCCUACUGCAGCAAGGACGAAUUAAUACCUCAGCCGUCCCUUGUUGAGCCUGGAAAGCACCGGAACGAUGUCGGAGCCUACAAAUCCUGCGGCGACUUCUUUCCCGGCACCAACAAUUUCUUUGCCGCUGGGUUUGGACAUAUUGAAGACCUACUCUGGAGCGCUUAUUUGCUUGGAGAUUGUGUUUGGAGGGUUGGUAUGGAUCCUCGUGGCUUCUUCCAAUGUGCCUGUGCCUCUGCUUCAGGGAUGGGUGAUGUUUGUCUCGGUCACCAUGUUCUUCUUCUCCUCUGCCUACCUUGCUAUUUUCCUGUUGGGCGUUGCUGACAAAGUCCAAACUGAUUGGAACUUUUUGGAUGUGGUGUACCACUUCACAGCAUUGCUAUUCUACUUUGGAGCAUUUGUGCUGGAAGCUGCCACCACUGCAGCAAAUGGAGGUCGAAUCAUUGGGACCACCAUCACAAACAACACAACACUCUGCAUGACCAGACCCAGUGGGAACAUAUAUGCCUUCCUGGACCAGCGACAGUACAAUAUCAAUGUGGCGGCUACGGUGUGCACCGAGGUGUGGGCGCAGGUUUGUUCUUCGCAAUGCCACUGUCCUCAGAAGCCUCCUCCAUGUGCCCCCGGUGUCCAGCUGAUCUUGGAUGACUGCGCCUGCUGUCUGGUGUGCGCCAAGCAGAGGGGGGAAAUCUGCUCCGACAUGAACCCCUGCGACACCCGCCAGGGACUGCAGUGUGAUUAUACAGCUAACGUUCACAAGAGGACAGGCAUGUGCAUCGCUAAUGAGGGGGAUGUGUGCUUGCUGGAUGGGUCAGUCUACCAGAACGGGGAGACCUUUUUCCCCAGCUGCAAGUACCAGUGCAUGUGUCGCGACGGCCAGAUUGCCUGUGUGCCGCGCUGCAACCUGGGCGUGAUGCUGCCUGGCCCAGACUGCCCUAUGCCCCGGAGGGUGCAGUUGCCAGGGGAAUGCUGCGAGAAGUGGGUGUGUGAGCCCCAGGCGGAGGCUAGCACGCUCGGAGGAUUUGCCAUGGCCGCUUACAGACAGGAGGAGACGGUGAGCUUCGAUGCCUGGGACCCCAGCCUCAACUGCAUUGAGCAGACGACCGAAUGGGGCGCCUGCUCCCGUACCUGCGGCAUGGGCGUGUCCACCAGGGUGACCAAUAAGAACAGGCGCUGUGAGAUGGUCAAGCAGAGCCGUCUGUGCAUCACCCGCCCCUGUGAUGAGCAGCCGCAGCAGCAAGAGCCCAAGAGAGGAAGCAAGUGCCAGCGACUGAUUAAGACUACGCUGGCCACCCACUUCACUUACAAGAACUGCACAAGCGUCAAGGCCUACAAACCCCGCUACUGCGGCUCCUGUACCGAUGGGCGCUGCUGCACCCCCCACAGCACCCGGACGGCAUUGGUGGACUUUCAGUGCCACCAAGGCAAGACCGUGAGAAGGCCCAUGAUGGUGAUCAGCAGCUGUGCCUGCCACCACCACUGCCCCCGAGACAACGCUGUCUACCAGUACCAGCAACCGGUAGACCCGGACCUGGUCUACAGCGGCAUGAGGUUAUAUUAGACACACUUGGCAGAUACUGCCCUCUGCUGGAUGGUUUAGGGUGUUGGGUUUUAGAGUGUUGCUCGCACUUGAGUAGUUGGCUAGGGUGAAAGUCAAGGCACUUGGGGUUAGUCUUUAGAAGUAAACAAUGGCACUAUUGCCUUCUGACGCUGCUGGCAGGGAAGUUGGGGUCCUGCUUGCAAAAAACCCUCUGGGGUUGUUUUGAGGUCAGUGUUAAACUGUGUCUGCUUCAGGGCAACGGUAUAUUGGUUGAAUCACAAAAGAUUGCUCACAGGGGAUUUAUAAGAGGUGGGGAUUUUAGAGGAUGUGAGGAAUCAAGACAGCUCCUCCUGAGUCACAUAUUUGACAGAGUAGUGACCCAGGUGGGGGGUUUCUUCCAGAGUCGAGGUGUGACGACCCACAGGGGCAACCCCUGCCAGAGGUCAUGCUCACAUUGGUGCGGCAACUUUCACAUCUGCCUUUCUCAACCCCCCAAUACUUGGUACCCCUACCCCCAUGCACACAAACCAGACCCUAGAGUCAAAGACUGCAAUAUUUUUCCUGAAAAAGAAAAAACACAAAGCUCCUUUUUGUGCCUCUGUGGUCCCUUUUUCAAACGCUUGUAAGUAUUUGUCUCUACUAGACAGACAAAGGGUAUGUAAAUACUUGCUGUAUAGUUUGUAUUAUAAGCGUGAAUGAAAUACACAAUAUCUGUAAUACUUUGUAACCAUAUGUAAAUAUGAAAUGUGUACAUAGAUAUAUAUAGUCUUUGAUAAAUAUAAUUGUAUUAUACAGCUUUUUAUGUAAUUAAGAACAAUAUUGUGCUUUACUCUGUUGGAAUUAAAUAUUUUUUCUAUAAAA